GCCUCGGACUUUAUUCAACGAAGCUUCUCCGGUUGAACUUUGACUUUUUGUUUGUACUCAACUGAACUCAAACCAGACCUCAUCAUGGUGUCAAUGGGACGACAGAUGCUGGGCUUCGUCCUGGCCUUCAUCGGCUUCCUGGGGACCAUCAUCGUGUGCGCGUUGCCCAUGUGGAAGGUCACGGCCUUCAUCGGAGCCAACAUCGUGACGGCGCAGACCAUCUGGGAAGGCUUAUGGAUGAACUGUGUGAUGCAAAGCACCGGUCAGAUGCAGUGUAAGAUCUACGACUCGCUGCUGAUCCUUCCUCAGGACCUCCAGGCCGCCAGAGCCCUCGUGGUCAUCGCCAUCAUCGUGGCCGCCUUUGGGAUCCUCCUGAGCAUCGCCGGGGGGAAGUGCACUAACUUUGUAGAGGAUCCACGUGCCAAAGCUAAGGUGGCCAUCGCCGCCGGGAUCGUCUUCAUCUGCGCUGGCGUUCUGGUCCUUAUUCCCGUGUGCUGGUCCGCCAACACCAUCAUCAGGGAUUUCUACAACCCCGUCCUGACCAAUGCCCAGAGGAGGGAGCUGGGGGCGGCCCUGUACAUCGGCUGGGGCACCGCCGCGCUGCUGCUUCUGGGAGGCGGCCUCCUGUGCAGCUCAUGCCCGCCCAAAGACAGUCCAGAGUACCCCGUGAAGUACGCCGGAGCCAGAUCUACGGCCGACAGUCGGGCCUACGUCUGAGACAACUGUCACCCCGAUUAAAAGACUAUAAAUCAUGUCACUUCGUCUUCCAUAAUCGUCCUUCUUUGUGAGAGAUCCGAAGGCUUGGUCUGUCACGCUGGGUACAAAUGAUCUGAGAAGUCACAGAAUUCUUUGGAGUCGAGAGAGAGAAAGAAGAUCCUCCAGUGGUUUUACAACUGGACUGAACGAGUUUGAUGUUGAGGAUGUUUUGUACCAGUCGACUGUAGAAGAUCUAUGAUGGAAGAGAUUUUGUACAUUACUGAUUUAUGUAUAUUGAAUGUAUUGUAUAGAAUAUUUUUUGCAAAUACCUCUGUUCAGAGGUAAUAUCAUGAUGCAAUGUGUGAAUGAAAAUUGCAGAUUUUUAAUAAAACUUUGACUUAAUUGA